UGUUAACGACAUUACAUGCUGUGGGAAUUGCGCUUGUACUUUAAUAGACUUAAACAAAUAUAUUAAGUAAAUUAUUGCAAUUUAAUAAUUGAUUUAAUAAACAAUAAUAUAAAGAAAAUCAGCUUUAGGAAAUAAGCAUAUCUUUUUUGACUUUAGAAGGAAUAGCUGUAAAAAUGUCGCAGGAAAAUCAAGGUAACCAGUUAGAGGAGAUACAAAAACAAAUAUUCGAUGCAAUUGCAAAAAACGAGACUAAUGUUUUUAAGCAAUUAAUAACACAAGCUAAGGGAGGAGUAAAUUUUGUGGACGAUGGCGGGAUGACACCACUUCAACAUGCAUGUUGCAAGGGUAACAAAGAAGUAGUGGAGUUACUAUUAGAUAUGGGUGCUGAUAUCAACUACAAUAAACAUGGUGCCAAUUAUACCCCUUUGCAUUUUGCCGCGCUUUCGGGUAAUACCGAAUUAUGCCGACUUUUACUAGAUGCUGGCAUAAACCCAAGUAGCCUAAAUAGUGUUUCUAGAACUGCUUCCCAAAUGGCAGCAUUUGUUGGUAAUCAUAGUUGCGUUGAAGCAAUUAAUAACUAUAUAUCCAAGGAACAACUAAAAUAUUACACAGUACCACAAGGCCAACAAACUGAACCAAUUUUACCACCAAGCACCCUACAAAGUUUUCAUUCAUUUGUAAUAGAAGUGAAUUUACAUCCCGUACGCAUAGCACUGAAUCUGCAGUCUUUGGGUUUAAUCAAAUAUAUGUCUGGUCUAAAAAGGGCGUUAGAAUUAUUAUCCGAAAAGGAAAUGACGAAAUCGCAUGAUGUGAACGAACUUAUGGCAUUUAAAUAUCAUUAUUUACGUUGGAUCUUAUCGGAAAUAAUGCGUUGCGAAGAACAAUGUAAAGCUCAGAAGAAAGACAAGCCAGUUGAAGCGGAUGCUAAUAAAACAGAUUUUAUUGAGUUGUUUAUUAAACGAGCGCUAAAAGAAAACAAAUCAGGACAAUUGGAUUAUAUAGAAUACACAAUACGCGAUUGUACUCGAGAAUUUCGGUUUAGAGAAACGAUUAUUUUUAGACAAAUAGUGUCACAACUAGCUUCCAAAGAUGCUUUACCCGCGUUAAAUGUAUUGCGAAACAAUAUUAAUGGUCUACGUGGAUUUGUUGAGGAAACAUCAUUUUGCAGUUCAUGUGGUAAUGAGAAACCUGAUAAGAAGUGCUCAAAAUGCCGAGCUGUACAAUAUUGCGAUCGGGAGUGCCAACGUUUGCAUUGGUUUAUGCACAAAAAAACUUGUGCUCGACCCACAUCAAAUGCAACACCAACAACCGCAUCGGCUACAAAGGAACCAAUAGAUGUUAGUGAAUUACGUGAAGCAAUUGCUGAUGUCACUGCCAGUUAAACACAAUUUAAGUUAGCCACAUCACUGUGUUAUUAAGAAUUUUUCUUUAUUGGAAAAACUUGUGUUUCUUAUGUUUUUGAUUUGUUCAUUUGUAAAAUGCAAUAAUAUAUUUAGUCAUUUAUAUUUUGGUUUUAUGCUUUACUUUACUUAAUAUUGACAAUUUUCUAAAUCUGAAAAAAAUAUAGAAUUAUAUUAAACCAAUUAUAAAAAAAUGCAAUAAAUAAAAAUUCAAUAGAAAUUC